ACUUUGGUACGAGCGGUAACUUCACAGGGAACCUUGUCCGUUCCUCCGCCUGUCGCCCACAUCAUCAUCAUCAUCAUCAUCAUCAUCAUCAUCAUCACCAGCAGCAGCAGCAGCUGAAGCAUCAUCGGCAGCAGGAUCAGUGUGAUGAAGCAGCAGAGGAGGGAGACCUUUCUGCUCUGAGACUCUGGAUCAGCCCGCAGACAGCUUUAAACUGUUGGGGAGCUUUCUGAAUUUGGAAGUCUUAACAGCCUUUUGGCAACCUCAAAAUUAAGGAUGGCGGAUGUUAUGAACUCUUUGGAACCUGGGACGGAGGACUUUAGUGGAGGAGCAGGAGAGCAAGACUCAUUUGAACAGAUCCUUCCAGAUACACAUGAAAGGUAUCCAAAGCUGACCAAGAGGCUUCCCUCCAUUGUGGUGGAGCCAACAGAUGCGGCUGAAGUGGAGAGCGGGGAGCUCCGCUGGCCACCGGAUGAGCCUGGCUCCCCAGACGCGCAAAGUGAGAGACGGAGAGCUGACAAUCAAACUGCAGGUGAAGAGAAGUCAAACGCUAGAGUGAAUGAGGAAGCUUCAGGGGUAGAGAUCCAGGACUCCAACUGAACAAACUUAUGAAAUUCACUUUUACUGCAAGUCUGUUCAGAGUUGAAUGAAAACAAACUUGAUAGAAGAAUGCCUAAAAAGAACAGACAUGAGUAGGGAGGUAAAAGGAGGGUUGAGAAACAGAUGUUUAAACCCCAGCUUAAUGGGCUUGGAGCAGGAGUUGUGUUCCUUUUCAUUCUUCUUUAUGUUUUUUUACAGGGUAAAGUGUUUUUUUCUGACACAAGAAAGCCAAUAAAAGAGACCAAUAUACAUUCAUCUAUUUUCCACCACCCUGUGCUUUGUUUAAAAUAACUUAAACAGUAAAGUUGGCUGCUUCAAAAUAAAUAAAAAAAAUGCAAUAACUCCAGGCAGCAAUAAAUGUUUUCAUACCAAGAGUUUCUUCUAAAAAAAUUCUUGUUAUACCUCCAGCUUUUAAUCCUGCUGGCUCAUGUUUUUUUCUCUGGCUCCAAGCCCUCUGUCAUCAGCACAUCUGGUGUGGACAGAUAUCUCUAAAUACUUUAUUAAGUAUUUAGCUCAUGUGUGCCAUAUUAUUACUAAUGGUAGCUACUGUAUUUUGUGCACAGUUUUACACACUUUAGGUAAAAAAAAAAAAAAUCAUUGUUACGUGAUGACUGCUGUGGUAAAAUGUAGUGAUUAUGGUCUCCCUAUUCAAUUUAAAUAAUAACUAUGAGAAUAAAUAUGUAUCUUUUAUUUGAUGUUAUACUAUUCUAUAAUAAAUGAUAUAUGUAAAAACUGUCUCUGUUCCUUACAAAUAUACCUUUUUUUUAACCCUGUGGGUAACAAAGGUAGAGCUCAGUCUUAUACUGGGUGCAUAAGACAGGAAAGCUGGGCUUGAUUAGGGCCUUUUAGAGGUCCUCACUCAAUCAGUUUCACUUAAAUGCCAAGGCAGGCUGAAGAAGAAAGAAUAAAGCCAGGUUUCGGAAAACCUGCCAAGUGGAUAUUUAGAGCUCUUAUAAAAAACCGAGUUUGAUCACAGAAUAACUGAAGCUAAACACAAAAACAAUAGUAUAGUUUUUAAGUAUUUACGAACAAUAAUGUUAGUUUAUAAGUUUUUAAACCUCAUAGUGAGUAUAUUUAAGAAGGAAAACACGUUAUCAAAUAAAAAAGUAAAAAACUCCAAUAAUAGUAAAUUAUUGUUUGUAUUUUUUUUAAUGGUACUGACUUGAAGUAGCGCUGAGAUCCCUGAAAUUGAAGGGCAUAUCAGGGAAGUUCCAACUUGUGUAUAAAACCUGUUUUGUGAGUGUUGUGGAAAGCUAGAUUGAUGACUUUGCAAAUAAGGGGUCAUAUGAUGACAGUGUAUGUGUUUAACAGAGGAAAUAUAAGCUGUUGCUCAGUCUACACUGCUGAUGUCUAUUCCAAUAAUAAAUGCCUACUUUUCCUUCA